UCGUGUUUUUGCUCUUUUCAUAAUAUGUGAUGAUCAUGAAGGUCUUGAGUUUUGUUUUGCACUCCGUAUCUUUUAAUAUCAUCGGCGGGCCUUCAGGUUUUCCUCCUGGCACCGUGAGCGGGGUGCGCCUGGCAGCGUGGCAUCUCCUGGCAGCGGCCCCCUGUGGCACCGGGAAGCUGGCACCGGGCGCCACCGAAGGCCAGUUAGUUGCCGGGUAAGUGGUGAGAGCGCGUGCGGGCACGAGCCUCCCGCAACCGUGGUCAGUGUCAGAGUUGCUCAGUUGUUGCGUCCUGGUCUUGGGCGCGGAUCGUACGCGAUCUGAACGCCUGUAGAAAGGAUUCUGCGCUGCGCCAACAGCUGAUGUCACGUUAUAAAUAGGGGCCGAAAGCGAUCCAUAUUGUGUGGGUAAUUAAAAGUAUGUGCUAAGGCGAGUGAUGUAACUAGUGGACCAAAAGGGACGGAAUCCGAUAAGAAUUUGAAGCCCCGCUUGUGUUGUAGACUCAUAUCUUCUUAAGUGGCUUUUUAUAUGGGAGGAAGAAAGAAUAUUGUUACCGCUCAUAGUAUGUAGGGCUUCUUCCGAUGUCGAUUCAGAUCCUGGUGGAGAUCGGUGAGGGGUGAGAGCGUGUGCGUGUAAUACAAGCCACGGGGCACGCUGGCCGUCCCGCGCUUCCUCACCUGACGUCAGUGGCAAGUGCAGGCGUGACGAGCAAGGACAUUCGGCGGCUGUGAUUCGUGACUUACUGUGCUACUACGGAUUUCGGAUGCUUUACGCUUUAAUCGCUUCGAUUGAUACGCAGAGAUGGAGAGACUUCGCAAUAUUAAACACCGCCUGAGCAUGUCCGUGGAUAAACUCGGCCCUUCGCGACGAUCCAAAUCACAGCAACGGAAGAGCGCGCCCCUCGGGAGUGCACCUUUCUCUGACGGAGACAUUCCUGGCUCUGUCAGGAAUGCAGAGGCAACCUCGCUUGCAAAAUCGAGCUCACGACCAAGCAGUUACUGCGGCCCAGAUACUGGGUCCGCCGAAUGUUUAGUGGAGGUUGUCCCUGCCGCCGCUGCUGCUGCUACUUCCGAGGAUACUGCCGAGAACCCUGGCGCAUCCAGCAUGCCUCAGACUCAGCCUGAAGUGGCGGCCCCGACCGAGCCUUCGUCUGAACCAGCUGCAGCGGUUCAGCCUGCGAGCAAAGGAGAAAGACAACUAAAACGAGCGACAUCGAGCGAGAGGGGAGAGAGCCUCAUGGCCGAGGUGAUGAAAGAAGUAGAAAAAAUCACCGAGAUAACCGAAGAUCUCAAGAAAAAGCGCAUCAGACGUGACGAAAGCGCAGCGGACGACACGGCGGUGGCGGUGAACGACACGGUACCCUUGCUGAGCGCGCCGGAGGCCGCGGCGCAGGAAACCCUCGCCACGAGUACCAGUGGAGCAACGCUGCGACAGAAGACUCUCACGGAGGGCGUGGUCCACAGGAAGAAUCUGGAGAGCACCUCCACUACUCUCAGUAUCGCAUCCACCUGCAGGGCCGAAAGUCUGACGUCAGGAUAUUUUUCAGACUCAGAACUAACUCUCUCAGAAGGUAGAUGUGACAGUGAGGCGAAAUCCGUGUUUUCUUCUGCAGUUUCAGAAAUAUCAGAAAGCAGCAAAUCUGUCAUUACAGAAAAGAUAGACCGCAGAAGAUCUGCGUUUGUGUCUGUAUCGUCGAGUAAUACAGAGAACAGGAAGUCCGCCUUCAUCCCUGUAUCUCCCGACAGCUCCGAGAAAAGGCUGUCCGCCUUCAUACCGCUGAUGCCAGAGAUCAACAGCGAGAUCAAGCCGGGCCCGUCGGCAGGGGCGACGGAGAAGGCGGCCGCCGAAACGCCUGCGAAGGAAUCGACCAAGGAAGCUCCGGCAGCAGAGCCCUCCGUUGCAGUCACGGCACCUGCUGCUAAGCAAGAGACCAAGGUAACGAAGAAGGAGAGCAUCUACAGCAAGAUCGUGAAGCGGAAGGACACUUCGAAGGAACCGAUUUACGCCAAAAUCAAACCCAAACUGACGAUCGAAACCAGCUUUCAGCCCAUCGAGCCGAGCUCUUCCAAGAGCCCCACGACUCCCAGCUCGGCGGUGGUCAAGCCCGAGCCCAUGUACAACGUUGUGAAGCCUCUGGAUCCCCUGGCUCCCGUGACAGCGCGAAGCCCGACCAGCUCAGCCAUUCCAGGGAGCCCGCUCGGCCCCUUCACCGUCUUCGGCGGCGGGCCUCCUUCGUCCUCCAAGAAGGUCGAGCCGGUCUACACCAAGAUCCAGCCCAAGGAGUCGAGAAGCAACACCUUGCCGAAGGAGCCCAUCUAUAGCAAAAUACAGCGCAAGGAGGGCGGGACCCUGCCCAGAGAUGCGUCUGACAGUAAAAUCAAAGCCAAGGAGCCCAUAUACACGCAGCCGCUUCCCCUCACCCCGCGCGAGGAAGCCAUGCAGAAGCGGGAGAGUUUCUUCAGCGAGAGCGUGUCGCCCGACUACGGCAAGGUGACCGUGCGGGCCAAGGAGAUCGCCGCGUCGCGCCCGGCAGUCAUCACGAUCAGCAACCCUGGUUACGCUGCCCCCACGACGAGUGCCAACCCGUCGACGCCUGCGACCUCGCCUUCCUCGCCCGCGGCGCCAACGUCUCCGAUCUCCCCCACUUUGACGCUCAGCUGCAUUCCCGCCCUAACGGAGGAAACCGCAGCUAGCCAGACGUCGAAAGUCAAGAUGGUGGAGAAGGUGGAGUGCACUCCGGCCUCAGCGUCGUCGCUCGACUCCCCUGGCCCUCGACAUCACGUGGCCUCAGAGUCCUCGCUCGUCGAGAGCUCCGACACCGAGUCUACAGGACGAGCCAAACUCAGCAAAUUAGUGGAGGAACUUGCACAGGAGCUCGAAGCUGUUAGCCAACGUGUCGGUAUUUCUGCCGACACUGACGACGAAUCCAAGAAGGAAAUGCUGGCGAAGCUCCUGUCCGCCUACGACAUCCCCAAGAACCUUCGGCGCGUUGAAGAGGCGGACGAGGAUGCAGUUCGACAGGCAGAGGAAGCCCUCGUGCCCACGUCGGUGAGCAUGGACGAGCUUCGUUUCGUCGACGACAACGAGGACAACGCCGAGACCGUGUACGCCGACAUUCCCGACUACUCCCAGGACGAGUUCGUCAUCGCCCUGGACGACGAGAACGACCCCAGGUACGCCUCGCUGGCUCGGAAGUUCCGGCAGCAGGCAAGGGCGUCGGAGUCCCCCGGGAAAAUCAGCCGCAAGACGGCGACGGUCUACGCGAACGCCUUGAACGUGGUGACGGCGCUCAGGGUCCUCAUCAACUCCAAGUCGGCGCGGGCGGCCUCUGUUAUUAACAAGAUGGGGACGCUGGCCCGCCCGUACGCCCACAAGGUGCAGGGGACCAUCACUGACACUACCUGGAUCCAGCGGGUCAUCUACCACAAGACGG